GCUAAUGGAAAUGUUAUAAAGCCGACACGCUGGCCACGGGCACAAAUCAGUUCAUCUUCAGUCGUUGCCUGGUUGGGUUCUAAAAAGCAAAAAAGUUCAAGGAUAUUGGCCAAGGACAAGCGAAGCAGCUUUAAAAACUUUAAAAAGCAAAAUGCGUCUAUUCAUUCUUUCGGCACUCUUGUUGGCCACUCUGACCGCAGGCCAAAGCACAGCUGGCAUUGAAAUUCUAAAGCAAAGACUCAUCAAAUUCCCCGAAGAGUUUGAUCCGAAUGUGGUGGCGCCCACAACAUCCAACAAAGCGGAUGAGGCCCAGCGCAUUCUUGACCAGAUCGCCAAAGUGAACGAAGCCUUCGGCUAUGUGAAGAAGAAGCCCGAACAGCCAAAACUUCCGCCCAUACUCGACUCCAGUCAAUAUCUAUUCCCCAAGCCACCGCAAUCGCCCUUCCACGCCCAGCAGCAUCAUUUCUCUGGCAGCAACGGGCAAACGCUGCUCGAGCCUUCGAUACGCGCUGUGAAGCUAACGAGAACUGCCUUCAAUGUGCCGCCUCCGUUGUCAGCAUUGUCUCCAUCCUCGCCUCCUCCUCCUCAGCAAAGAGAACAACUCGUCUUUCGACCCAAUCAAGUGCAAGUGCCACAGCCAAGUUCCGAGCAGGAGGCACAACAGUUGCCCGCCCACUUUGUGAUACCCGUGCAUCUUUACAAGCAGAACAAGGAACAAUAUCUUCGCGAUCAUGCGCCGGAAGAGUAUCGUGUGAAGGGCUACAAGAUCAUAGGCGAUGUGGACAGCUUCUAUGGCAAGGCAAAGUCAGCAAAGAAACAGGGCAAGAGCACGCCCAAAUACCACUUGUUCUUCUUGCCCCGCGAGUUGGCCUUCAACGAUGAUGGCACGCCCAAGCGUGGCCCAAACACAACCACAACAAUUGCCACAAGCACCACGCCGAGACCCUCGAGAGCACCGACUGUCAGCAAAGAGCAGCGUUUGGAUUCUCGUGAGAAGCUAACGAAUAAGCAGAAGCCGCAACCGCAACGCAUCCCCGUCAGCGUGGUGCAAGAUCCAAGCAAUCGCAAACGCAUCAACGCAGUCAAUCAGACCACGAAACCAAUGCGCAUGGCAGCUAAGGAAGGUGCACAAAGUCUGCCCACUGUAGCAGCCACCACAACAGCUCCCAAGAUCACAGCUGCACCAAGCGUUAGCUCCACUUUGCCACCAGCUGGCGGACUUUUGCCCAAUCGCAAUCGCUUGACGGGUUUCCGCGUGCCCGGCGUGAAUCUCGUUGAAAUGCAGAACCACACUUCGGCGGCCAUUAAGAACGCUUUCCAGAACAUCUUCAAGUUGCCCUUCCGCUCGCCAGGCACAAAUGCCGCACCAGCUGUCAUCGGCAGUCUGCAGUCCGUUCCCAACAAGAGCAGCGCAUCCACUUUGGAGGACACCGACUACAAAUGGGAUGAUGAACAAGAGGGCGGUGGCGAUGGCGACAGCAACAUUGAUACUCUAGAGAACACUGCCGCCGAACGCGAUAGCAGCGCUGCCUCGGAGAAGCAUCUGCUCUUUGCCCACAAGGCGCAUAAGUCGCCACUGAUGGAAACCAUUGGCACGGUGGCCACUGCACAUCAGGGUACACAAAAGCAGGCGUUGCGCGAGGGCGGCAUCAUCAUUCAGCGCUUGAAGGUGCGCAAGGGCGGUAUUGCCAUUGCGGGGCCAGGGGGCGUGGCCACCGCGGGCAGCGGCGGCACUGCGAUUGUGGGACCCGGCGGUUAUGCUUUGACCCAUCCACGCAGUCUGACAAUUGCUGGCCCAGGUGCCAAGGUUAUUUCCAUACCUGCUGAUGUGGAUUUAAAGGAUGCACUGCAGCGCACCGAUGUGGAGGCGCGCAGUUUUCCGCGUGAGGGCAAAGUGGUGGCCACGGGGCCGACUGUCUACUAUGCACCUGCCACGGGCAUGGAGCAGGAGCUGGAAACGGACGACGAGGAACAGGAGCAGGAGUUUUGAGGCUCAAACAAGUCUCAGUCCCUUGACUAACUAGUGAAUUCAAAUGGCGCGCCUAAGCGUUCGAUAACUAUCGCUUAUCGAAUGGCGAGUGUUGCCAGACACUUUGAAAAAAGAAAAGGGGGGAGCUGUAGUUUGCUAUGUUCGAUUUAAACCUAAUGACUGUUAGUAUUUUUGUAUAGCGCUUAAGUGUAUUCGUAAUAAAUGUUUGUAAUUUGUAA